AUGUGGAAGCUAUGCUGGAAGCCCCCUACCGAAAAGAAGAUGAUGGAAAACCAGAUGGCAGAUCAGAUAAAGAGAGAAGGUGUCAAUUUUGGUCUCAUAUUGGCGAAAGAUAUCAGGCGCCGAAAGAGCCGAAGUUCUAGUCGUAGUCGUAGCACCAGCCCAGUGAAGCAUAGAAGAGUUUCAUCUGUGACAUGCUUAGCUCAUGCCAGCAAAACAUAUAGCGAAGAAAAAGAAGCAGAAGUAGAGAUCGCAGUAGAAGCAGAAGCCGUGACCGUAGAAGAAGUCCUGACCGACGUAGUCGACGUGAUAGGGACAAAAGACGAAGUCGUAGCAAAGACAGGCGCCGUAGCAGAGAUCCCUUAUAGGCGCAGUCUCAGUCGAAGUCCGAUGCGAUCAUAUGAGUUUGUUCGGGAACCAGGUCCUGAACUCUCUCCUGAAGAACGUGAUGCUCGGACAAUUUUUUGUAUGCAGCUGUCUGCAAGAAUUCGGCCACGUGAUUUGGAAGAAUUUUUCUCCUCUGUUGGAAAGGUUCGUGAUGUUAGAUUAAUUACAGACAAUAAAACUCGCAGAUCUAAAGGCAUUGCAUAUGUUGAAUUUGUUGAUGUCGAAUGUGUAAAUAAAGCUCUGGCAUUAACUGGUCAACGUUUACUGGGUGUGCCAAUUAUGGUGCAGCCUUCCCAAGCAGAAAAGAACAGAGCAGCUAAUGCCACAGCUACUUUGCAGAAGGGAAAUUCUGGUCCAAUGCGAUUAUAUGUUGGAUCUUUGCACUUCAAUAUAACUGAGGAAAUGCUGCGUGGAAUUUUUGAGCCAUUUGGAAAGAUUGAUGAUAUAAAAUUGAUUAAAGAUCAUGAAUCUGGCAGACUUCAGGGAUAUGGGUUCAUCACAUUCCAUGAUUCUGAAGAUGCUAAAAAGGCACUGGAACAACUUAACGGGUUUGAAUUGGCAGGAAGGCCAAUGAAAGUUGGACAUGUAACUGAACGAACAGCAGACAAUCAAGUUGUAUCAAUACUAGACAGUGAUGAAAUGGAUAGAGCUGGGAUUGACCUUGGAGCAACUGGAAGACUUCAACUUAUGGCAAAACUGGCAGAAGGAACUGGCUUUCAGAUUCCACAGUAUGCAGCUAAUGCUUUAAACAUUAACUCGUCAUCAGAUGCUUCUACACCUCCUCCACCUCCUCCUCCUCCAGCACCACCAGCAACACAGUCCCCAACAUCCAAUGCACCUGCAAAUGCAGCUGCUGCUGCUGCAGCAGCAGCAGCAGCAGCAUUAAUAGCUCCACCAAAUUCUGCUGCUGGGGCAGGACAGCCAGCUCAAGCAACCAAUGGACCACCAAUUCCAACCCAAUGUUUUAUGCUGGCUAACAUGUUUGAUCCUUCUUCAGAAUCUAAAAUUAAUUGGGAUCAAGAAAUUCGAGAUGAUGUUAUUGAAGAAUGCAAUAAACACGGAGGUGUUGUGCAUAUUUAUGUUGAUAAAGCUUCAGUUCAAGGCAAUGUUUAUGUGAAGUGUCCUAAUAUAGCUGCAGCUGUGGCAUCAGUUAAUGCUUUACAUGGUCGUUACUUUGCAGGAAAAUUGAUAACUGCUGCCUAUGUUCCAUUGCCAAACUACCAUACAUUGUUUCCUGGAGCAAUUCGCGCAAAUCAACUAUUAUUGCCUUCAACUCAGGCACUUCAGUAUAGCUAUGGAGCAGCACUUUAUCCAGGAAUACCUCCAAACAUUGCUCGAUUUGACAAAUCCAGCUGUAAAAGCAGUUUUUAA